GAUCUUUAAUCUCGGCGGCGGCCGGCGAGUCGGUCUCACUGUGAAGAGAGGCAAGGCCGGCUAGAGAGUGUCGGGAGGGAAGGAGCGCGGGAGCUGGCUCCCGGCUGAGAAGAUUUACUGGGCCCCCGCUGACCCGAGGAAGAAGAGGGAGAGGAGACACUGAAAGGACGUCUGGGAGAGGAAAAUGCCCAGUACAGACCUAAUGUCGUUGAAGGCCUUUGAGCCCUACUUCGAGAUUUUGGAAGUAUAUUCCACAAAGGCCAAGAAUUACGUGAACGGGCACUGCACCCAGUACGAGCCCUGGCAGCUGAUUGCAUGGAGUGUCGCGUGGACUCUGCUGAUAGUCUGGGUGUAUGAGUUUGUCUUCCAGCCAGAGAGUUUAUGGUCAAGGUUUAAGAAGAGAUGUUUUAAGCUUAUCCGGAAGAUGCCUAUCAUUGGUCGUCAGAUCCAAGAUAAGUUGAACAAGACCAAGGAAGAUAUUAGCAAGAACAUGUCAUUCCUGAAGGUGGACCAAGAUUACGUGAAAGCCCUGCCCUCUCAAGGUCUGAGCCCGGCUGCAGUUCUAGAGAAGCUCAAAGAAUACAGCUCUAAGGAUGUCUUGUGGCAAGAGGGGAAAGCCUCCGGAGCAGUGUAUAGCGGCGAGGAGGAGCUCACCAACCUCCUCGUGAAGGCUUAUGGAGAUUUUGCAUGGAGUAAUCCACUGCAUCCAGAUAUCUUCCCCGGACUCCGGAAGAUAGAGGCAGAGAUUGUGAGGAUGGCUUGUUCCCUAUUCAGUGGGGGACCAGAUUCCUGUGGAUGUGUGACCUCUGGGGGCACAGAAAGUAUUUUGAUGGCCUGCAAAGCUUAUCGGGAACUGGCCUUCGAGAAUGGGAUCAAAACUCCAGAAAUCGUAGCCCCCCAGAGUGCCCACGCUGCAUUUGACAAAGCCGCCAGUUACUUUGGGAUGAAGAUUAUACGGGUUCCCCUGAACAAAAUGAUGGAGGUGGAUGUUCGGGCAAUGCGCAGAGCCAUCUCUAGGAAUACGGCCAUGCUCGUCUGUUCUGCCCCACAGUUCCCUCAUGGUGUGAUAGACCCCAUCCCUGAAGUGGCCAAGCUGGCUGUCAAAUACAAAAUACCUCUUCACGUGGACGCUUGUCUGGGGGGCUUCCUCAUCGUCUUUAUGGAGAAAGCGGGAUACCCGCUGGAGCAGCCAUUUGAUUUCCGGGUGAAAGGCGUGACCAGCAUUUCAGCUGAUACUCAUAAGUAUGGCUAUGCCCCCAAGGGCUCUUCAGUGGUCUUAUACUCUGACAAGAAGUACAGGCGCUAUCAGUUCUUCGUUGCCACAGACUGGCAGGGCGGCAUCUACGCUUCCCCAACCAUUGCGGGCUCACGGCCUGGUGGCAUUAGCGCAGCCUGUUGGGCCUCCUUGAUGUACUUCGGUGAGAACGGCUACGUUGAAGCUACCAAACAGAUCAUCAAAACCACUCGCUUCCUCAAGUCAGAACUAGAAAAUAUCAAAGGCAUCUUUGUCUUUGGGAAUCCUCAGUUGUCAGUCAUCGCUCUGGGCUCUCGUGAUUUUGAUAUCUAUCGACUAUUCAACCUGAUGAAUGCCAAGGGCUGGAACUUGAAUCAGUUGCAGUUCCCACCCAGCCUUCAUUUCUGCAUCACACUGGUACACACCCGCAAGCGGGUAGCCAUACAGUUCCUUAAGGAUAUCCGGGAAUCCGUCACUCAAAUCAUGAAGAAUCCAAAAGCAAAGACCACAGGAAUGGGUGCGAUCUAUGGCAUGGCCCAGGCUACCGUCGACAGGAACCUGGUGGCGGAGUUGUCCUCCGUCUUCUUGGACAGCCUUUUCAGUACAGACACUGUAACUCAGGGCAGCCAAAUGAAUGGCUCUCCGAAACCCCGCUGAGCUUAGACCCUCUGUAACCCCGAGGGACGUCUGGCCUUCAGAAGGUUCUCGGGGUGUGGGACAGGCCACGUGGUUUCAGCAUUUGGUCUUGCUCCGUCGAGCACGACACAGACCACGAGACAGCUUGAUCCUCAGGAUUCUCAUCCUUUGGUGGUUUUUAACGUGAAGACCUCAAAGUACCCCAUGACGUAAUUAUUUUGUCCUUGUUCUAAAUGUUCCCCUGGGAAUUGUUUUAACCAUUUUCUUCUCUAACCUCUCUUGCUGUCAACUUCAUUUAAUCACCGUGUGGCAUCUCUGGCCUGUCCUGACUCCUUAGGGAAGCUGGGCUCCAGUUUAUGAUAGGAAAAGGUGUACUUUGUUAGCUCAGGCAGUGGGCUAGUCAGACAGGAAUCCUGUUCUGUACCUGGUGUUCCCCUAGGUGGGGGUGAGGUCUGCUCAAGCAGGAGGCUUUCCCAGCCCUAGUGUGCUGUCUUUGAAGGACACAGGUUGGCCAGCCACCAUUCUGCUCUGCAGGGCCAGCAGGGUCAGGCAAAUCUGCUCAGUCCUCCAAGGCAGGUCUGGAGUGGUUGAUGGUCCCUGUCUGUGCUUGCAGUCCCCAUGUGGUACUUGGUUGCCAUCAUCUUCCAUUUCCAGUGGUUUGUUCCUAUUUCCAUGGAGUAGGAAGAGAAUGGUGUGGGUUCCAGAGAUGUUAGGACCUUCUGGCCCUGGUGCUGCCUCUUGGAGCUGGCAGUGUCAGAGCACACCUGAGCCCUCUCCUGGGACCCUGAAGAUGGGAACCAGGCCUUUUUCUAGACUUCCCUGAGUAUCAGUGUAGGAUGAGCACCCAGACUCCAGGGUGUGUCACCAGAGUUAGCAGCAGUCCUCCCCACCCUGCUGCUCUAGCCAUCAUGGCACAUUUGUUUUUUGUUUGCCUGAAGGAACAGCUCAAAGCACCUUCACAAGUUGCCUUGACUUACCCAAGGAGGGUAUGAGAGAGCCCCCAAGGCAAGGAAAAUCUCUGUUAGUGUGUUCUUCCUGCCUCUUCCCCCUUCAUUCAACUCCCAAAGGUACGACGGCAGUCAAGCCUCAGGUACUGGAUGCUCCUUGGCCCUGGCUAGGAUCAGAGGAACUUUCUGGAAUAGGGAGACAUCAAGUGUCACUUGAGGCCUAGGGCCUGGGAUUCCUUUGUGAAGACUUGUUGCUCAGGGUGGCGCAGGAACAGGACCCAGCCCUGCGCCCACUUCCUACCCUCUGCCCCCCACACAGGGCCCUAAUCUCGGUUGAGCCACUGUCCUACCCACACGACAACACACGAUGUGCCUUCUUUCUCAGCAGUGAGCAGUGACGGGCUACUCCUGACCCAGGCCCGGAGGGAACUGGAUCAGUCUUUGAGUUUUUUACCUGGGUAGGGGUAAGUUGGGAGACACUUUUCUCUGUCCCACCACCCUUCUCAGGGACUCCUGAAUCCCCGGCCUCCUCAGGCUGGUGUCCUCUAGCCUUCUUCACUGGGAGAGCUGGCCCGGAGAGCCACGGCUUCCCCCAGACUCCCUGGCACAUUCGUCUGAGUGUUCUUUAGCGCUGUACUUCCUCCACAAUAACUGACUGGCUGGCUGCGUCAUUGCAGGGCUGGUGUGUGGUUUCAUUCUGUCCUUGUGGGCUCCAGGAAUGUGGGUAUGUUUGUGUUAGAAGCAGAGAUCCUUUGGAUAGGGGAGUCACAUUCCCCCCCGGUUAAUGAACUGAUGGGCACUUCCUGAGAGAGAAACUGUGUGAACCAUCCCUGGAUCUCCAGUGCAUUCAUCAUGUUGGAGGAAUUCCAGGGACCCAGAACCACUCAGCAGGCACCACUGUGGUUUGUCAGCUGCUAAAAACGAAGAAGCACAAACCUGCAGAGUGUCCUGUUGCUUCCUGUGUCUCCCCAGGACCUUCUUCUGUGGGCUAUGGUGUUUUCAAAGGGACCUGCUGUCGCCACUUUACUAUCAUGAGUGUUAGACUUAACACUUGUGGGCUUUCUGUUCUGUACCUACCUGUGUGCGUAAGUAGCAUCUAGUCUGCAGAGGUAGAUGGAAUGUCUUCAUGAUAUCAUGUUGCUUGCAGAUGUCUCAUUGGCCUCUGCAAAAACUGUACUCUUGUUUCUGGAUUAGAGUUAAGUAGUUGCAUGAAUAUACUGCCAUGUCACUUUUAAUAUGACCAGUUUUAUACUUGGAAAAUGGUACUUGCCUCUUUUAGAUCUUUUCUGUCUUUAACCUCCCCCCUUUCCAUCUCAAGGCUCCCUUCCUAAUUGUAGCAAUAAUCUCUUAAGAAGCAACUAAGUAAUAAAAUGUCCCAAAUCUUAAUCAUUGUGGAUGGAUGACUGCAUUCAUUUGUUUAUUUAGGCAUACAGGGGAGAUACCUGCUGGGCUGGUGGUUGCUGUAAACUGGCUGAGGUGAGAAAGGGCUCCUUUGUGGUGAGGUGGUUGUGCAUGUCUCUGAUACUAGAACCAGGUCACAGCCGUGGACAAGUGGCAGCUCUGCUCAGUUCCAAGCACUAUGCUUGGAGUAGUGCUACACCACCAGGAGUGGUGGUCACACUUGUUUAAAGGGAAGUCGGGAACUCACAUCUCGAGUUCCUCAGAGCAGUGUCCUGCCGUAUGUUUUCAGUUGUCAUCAUCCGUAUCUGCACACAUCUUAAUGAUGGACUGGACUGUCUCGGGUGGUCCCCAGCUAGCUGGGCCGUGCGGUUCCAUCUUACGAAAGGACACUGAUUUCAAACCCUGCAUUUGGUUUGGGAGCUGACAGAACCCUUCAGAUAUCUGCAGAGGUAACCACUGGGCCUCUUGCUCCAUUAUGAACAGGAAGUGAGAAGUCUUUCUGAAGGAUUAUUUGGAUUAGUUCUGUCCAUCAGGUACCCUAGCUUUGCAUUCUGGCUCUCAGCCCACUUGUACUUUGCCAGAAUCAAGCCAAGGAAUGCCACCUUUGCUAUAUAGUUUUCUGCUGAAUGACUUGGUUCCUUGAGGACCUACUUGUUAUGGGGUAAACUCUAGAGAAAGAAGGCCCAGGAUAUGAUUAGAGGGAGGCAUGGUACACCCAAGAGGUGGUGUUUUGAUGCUUCUACCUGCUCCUUACAGCUCUGAGCUCCUUUGCCUUCUCUGUGGGUCUUAAUAGCAACAACCUGCUUUUAGCUAGAUCCAGUAGUGACAGAAGUAAUGACAGAGGCCUGACUUGGUAGCCACCAGCUACAGCCUGUAAAAAAUCAGGUGUUUGAGAGCCUUGUGAAUUGUCUGUUGUAAUAGCCUUACUUUAUUUGUGCUUGCUUUUUUUUCAUAAUCUCUCCUUAACAUCCUCUUUUAUAAUUUUAAUUAUUUGCAUUAAUUUUAGAAUAAACAUAUUUAUUUCUUAAAA